AUGGUAAGCAUCAGGUACUUGCAUCACGGACUUCUAUCUUUUAGCAUCUUUACAAUUUGUUCCUGGUGUGAAGGACAUGAGGUUACCAAAACCUUGAGCAAGGCAUUUGUUCAAAUCUCUUUGGCGUUUGUGAACGAACUCCACUCAGAAAUCUCCCACUCAGAAAUGUCCAUCUCUGGAACCCGGAAAGUCGUUGCCUGGGUUACAAGCUGGGAACGCCUUCCGAAAUUUACACCAACUCAAAUUAGAGCUACCGAGCAAUAUAUACAGAUGCUACAGCAAGUGCCUUUAUGGAAAAUCAGUUCUGAAGACAGGCGAUCUAUGGUUAAGAUCAUGCUGGAAUUCCUAACCUUGCUGAACAAGUAA